AUAAUUUAGGUCUGAGGAUGGAGAUGGCCAUAAAAGGUUGACUUUGUGUCUGAGGGGCUGGAUUCCCUGGUGGCUCCUCCCCACUAAAUACUGCCACAGCCCUGCAGGACUCACCUGUGGAAGCAGUCGCAGCAAAAACAGUCACUUUUACCACCAAGAAGCAGAGGCUCAGCCAAGCAGAGCAAAGAAAGACCGACUGAACAUAUUCUACAAUGGCCUCCACCCUCUCAGUGCGCAGCAUCUCAGCGCGUCAGCCCUCCUUCUCCAGCGUCACAGUGAGAGGCAGUGGGCGCAGCCUCCGCUCCAAGCCCCCCGUCUCUCCUCUGUCUACCGUCAGCACGCUGUCACUGUCCCGCUCGGUCUCAAUGGGAAAUGGCCUCAACAUGCUGGGCUCCAGCCUAUCCCUCAAUGGCCUCGGGACCAGCGACAAGGAGACCAUGCAGGGCCUGAAUGACAGGCUGGCCAACUACCUGGACAAGGUAAGGUCACUGGAGAGGUCCAACGCCGAGCUGGAGGUGAAGAUCAAGCAACUCAUGAUGGAGAAAACUCCAAAAGGGCAUGACAUUGAGGGGAUGAUGGCACAGGCACAUGCCAUCGGGCAGGAGAUGAGAAAGAGGACACUGGAGAACGCCCGGAUCAUGCUGGAGAUUGACAAUGCCAAACUGGCAGCCGAUGAUUUUAGGAUCAAAUGGGAAGCAGAGGCCUCAUUGUGCCAGUCAGUAGAGAGGGACUGUCAGGCUCUAAGAAGAGCAAAGUCAGACCAUGACCAGAUCAUUGCCACUCUGAGAGGAGACUUGGACAGCCUGAAGGAGGAGCUGUACUACCUCAAGAAAAAUCAUGAUGAGGAGAUUAGUGCCCUGAAGGGACGUCUGGCCAAUGAGCAGGUCAGUGUGGAGGUAGAUGCUGCUCAGGGGCCUGACCUGGGGGCCAUCAUGGCCGAGUUGAGGGUCCAGUAUGAAGGCAUAGCUCGCAAGAACAAGGAGGAUGCCGAAGCCUGGUACCUCAAGAAGUUAGAGGCCGUGCAGUCCGAGGUCAAAGAAAGCAACGAGGCGCUCCGCUGCGCCCAGGGAGAGCUCAGCGAGAGGAGGCGGUUCCUGCAGGCUCUGGAGGUUGAACUGGACAGUCUACGAAGACAGGUUAUUGUGUUAGAGGGAAACUUGGGAGAGACCGGACACAAAUACAACAUGGAGAUGGAUCGCCUUCAGGCCACCCUGACACAACUGGAGGACGAGCUGUCUCAGCUGCGCUUGGACAUGCAGCGCAACAAAACUGACUAUGAGCAGCUUCUGCGCAUCAAGCAAAACCUGGAAAUGGAGAUUGCCACCUACAGGCGGCUGCUGGAAGGAGAGGAAAUGGUGAAAGAAGCACCUCCACCUCCAAAAAAAGACCCGGAGGUCCGUACCAGGAAGAUCGUAAAAGUUGUCACACAGACGAUGAUCAAUGGAAAGGUCGUGGACGAGUCAAGUGAGGUGGAGCAGAUUGAGGACUGCAAGAAAUAAGCCUAAAUAAAGCAUGGCGCUGUGUUUUAUAAUCCAAACUACCUGCUGGAAGUGCAACAAUUUGUGUUGUUGUCUGAAGCUGUUCUGAAUCUCUGGAAAUGGAACUGAAGAUUAAAAUUUCAUUUAUUGUUUAUUUCAUUUCAGUUCUUAACAUUCCAUUAAUUUGCUAGUUUCUAAGUUUUUAACUAAUCUUAACUGUCAACAUAACUUUGAUUUCAGGAACUAAGACCUAAGGUUAGGAAUGAAAUCCAGGAAUUGUUUUACCACACUUACUAAUGGGUCAUUACUACAGAACUGUCAGAACGAGCAUCUCGCUGCCAUUAAUUUGUUUAUAAAUUAAAUAAAAACUUGUACUUUCACCUACA